AUGGCUUCCACCUCCCUUCUGAACCUGCGUUCAUCGCACGCUUUCGCUUCUCGAUUGCGCUUCAACACGGCGAGGCCAUCGAUUCAGACUCGUGCGAAAGCCACGGCGCCUUUCCGUCUCCCCGACCCCCGCAAUGAGCCCAACCCUGCUUUCACUCGAGGUUCCGAAGAGCGUAACAAACUUGAGGUCGCCCUGAAGAAGCUCCGAUCGCGGCUCCCCGUGCAGAGCAACCUGUACUACAACGGACAAGCACAGAGGAGCAUUGAGUCCUGGGACCAGCCUUUGCCCGCCGAACAUGGAACAGUCUUCACAAACUAUCCGCUUGCGACCCAGGAACAAACACAAGUUGCCAUUGAAUCUGCACUCGAAGUGAAGAAAGGCUGGGAGGAGACGCCCUUCGUGGACCGUGCCGCUAUCUUCCUCAAGGCCGCCGAGCUGGCUACUGGAAAAUAUCGAUAUGACUUAAUUGCUGCCACCAUGCUGGGCCAGGGCAAGAAUAUCUGGCAAGCAGAGAUUGAUGCGGCCGCCGAAUUGGCUGACUUCUUCCGUCUCAACUGCAACUUCGCCGGUGAAAUUCUGAACAAACAACCAGAUCGUGGCAGUGAUGGCAUGUGGAGUCGCUUGGACUAUCGUCCUCUGGAGGGAUUCAUCUACGCCAUUUCGCCAUUCAACUUCACGGCUAUUGGUGGGAACCUGAUCUCAGGUCCAGCUCUGCUGGGUAAUGUGGUGCUCUGGAAGCCCUCUCCCUCCAACGUCUACGCCAGCCAGCUCGUUUACAGUAUCUUGCUUGAGGCUGGCCUCCCUCCUAACGUGAUUCAGUUCGUCACGGGUGACCCCGAGACCAUCACCGAUGUGGCCCUGUCCCAUCGGGAAUUCGCUGGAUUGAACUUUAUUGGCUCAUCCGAUGUCUUCCGCUCUCUGUAUGGCAAGAUUGGCGAGGGUGUCGCUAACAAGACCUACCGCGAGUUCCCUCGUGUGGUUGCUGAGACCAGCGGCAAGAACUUCCACCUCCUUCACCCCACUGCCGAUAUCCCCAGCGCUGUGAACCACACUAUCCGCGGCUCUUUCGAGUACCAGGGACAAAAGUGCUCUGCCACCUCUCGCGUGUACGUUCCCGAGUCCCGCGCCGAGGAAUUUCUCACCAGCCUGAAGCAAGGCAUACAAGAGAUCACCAUCGGAAGCCCCGACAAGGACCUUGAAGCCUUCAUGGGUCCCGUCAUCCAUCGCCACUCCUUCAACAAGAUCAAGGGUAUUAUCGACCGCAGCAACGCUGACCCAUCCGUCAAGCUUAUUGCGGGUGGUACCUACGAUGAUUCGGUUGGGUUCUUCGUCCAUCCUACUGUCUACCAAGUGGACUCCCACGACCACGCUCUGUUCCACGAAGAGAUCUUCGGUCCCGUCCUUGCCGUCCACGUCUACCCUGACGGAGAAUGGCCCAGCACUUUGAAGAAGGUUGACCAGGGGGGCGGUGGCUUCGCUUUGACCGGAGCAGUCUUUGCUACCGACCGACGCGCCAUCCGCGAGGCCGAAGACACUCUUCGCUACUCGGCUGGAAACUUCUAUAUCAACUGCAAGACCACUGCGGCUCUUAUUGGCCAACAGUCAUUUGGUGGUGCCCGUGCCAGUGGCACCAACGACAAGGCUGGAAGCCCUGACUCUCUUCGCCGGUUCACCAGCCCUCGUCUCAUCAAGGAAGAAUUUUUCCCCCAGACCGGAUUCAAGUACCCUAGCAAUCACUAG